CCAAGUAUUUGUCGCUUCGCAUUUGCGUUAACAGUAUUUUGUUGUUUUGUGGCCGAAUUUCUACAAAAUACACAAGUUAAAGUUACAGGGGCUGUUAGAGAAUCGCCUAUAUGUUGAAUUCUGAGAAAUGUCAACAAGACAAGAUAAGAGUUUGCAUGAUGCUUGUGGGAAAGGACAACUUCGGAAAGUACGGGAGAUAUUGCAGAAGAACUCAGACAUAGCAAACACACUUGAUUUACGCCUUGGUUUCUUGGGCUAUACUCCAUUACAUGAAGCUGCAUGUCAAGGUCAUGCUGAUAUUUUACAACUGUUGCUCAUCUAUGGUGGUAAUGUUGAUGCAAAAGCCAAUGGUCAGUACACACCAUUACAUAUUGCUGCAUCCAUGGAUUAUGUCAAAUGUAUUAAGGUUUUGUUAAAAAAUGGUGCUAACAUUAAGGCAGUGGAUGACUUCAAUAAAACUCCAUAUCAGACUGCAAUACAACAUAAACGGAAAGAAUCUGCCAAGUGUUUGAAGAGUGCUGAAAUCAUAAGAGAGGCAGGAAAUGAUCCACAAGAACUAAAUAUUCUGCUUAAUGAAACUUCACCAAAAGACAUCACUGCAACCUGUUUUGACGAUGCAUUGGUUGAGGCAUGUCGAAGGGGAAAAUUUGAAGCUGUGUGCAUGCUGCUUGUUGCUGGAGCAAAGAAAAUAAAAGAAAGCAUCUGCAUAUCAAUGCAAAAUGGCUAUUAUAGAAUUUCAGCAUUGCUGUUGCUUUGUUAUGCUGCAUUAAAAGGUGAUGUGGACAUGCUGGAAAUGUUGUUGGAUAAAAGUUUGGAAUGUCAUGACUGGUUGCAGCAGUUUAUUGACCAAAGUGUGCCUAUUGGAACUGUUGUUGAGCUGAUCAGGGAAAGUUUGAAGAAUGUUGAAGAUUACACAAGUGUUGUAAUAAAACUACCAGGUUUAGAAAACCAAGUGACUGUGUUAAAAGAUUUACUCAUAAACACAUCCUGUCGUAUCAAAGAGAAAAAAGUUAACUGGAGCAAACUGUCUUUGAUUACAAUUGAUGAAUCCUGGCUGGCUCAUAUCAAAACCUGGGUGCAAAAUCUAAACCUUUCAAAAAACAAAUUAACUUCACUCCCAGAAUGUUUGCUUGAUUUAAAAAUGGUGGUUAGUCUAAAUUUGUCUGAAAACAGACUUAAAGUGGCACCAAUGUUGUUAUUCUCCCUUGUCAGUUUACGUGAUUUAAAUCUUUCUGGUAAUGGAAUAGCAGAACUACCUGAUGUACCUCAAUGGAGACCAAUUCUAAAAUCAUUGAAUAUCAGUAACAAUUUAUUGAGCUACCUUCCUGCUAGUAUAGCAAAGUCCUGUUUAGAGACAUUGAAUCUGAGUCAGAAUAAUUUUACCAGAGUACCGCUGUCUGUGUGUGAGAUACUUUCCUUACGGAGCCUGAAUAUGAGUGAUAAUCGAGAGAUAAGUUUUCUGCCAAAUGAGAUGGGAAAAUUGAGGAAUCUUACUAGUAUCAACCUUAAGAAUUUAGAUCAGAUCACAGACCCACCACAGCAUGUACGCCAAAAUGCUCAAGAUUUAGUGGCAACAUUACGUAGAAAAUUGCGUAACUGUGAACCUUACUACACCAUGAAGCUAAUGUUGGUUGGCAAGGGAGGUCAAGGAAAGACGACGCUUGUUCACAGACUUCGAGAUGAUUUCACUUUCAACGAAAAUGAUCUCACGCAAGGUGUGGAAGUAUCUGAUCUCGUUAUACGUCGUGGAGCAUUCGAAAAAGACUUCACAUUCAAAGUCUGGGAUUUUGGUGGCCAAGAAGAUUAUUAUGUCACCCAUCAAUGCUUUUUAUCUACAAUGUCAUUGUAUCUUUUGGUUUGGCGAUUGAUUGAUGGCGAGGAAGGUGUUAAUGGUUUGAUACCAUGGUUAGAUAACAUUGCAGUUCGAUCACCCAACAGCACUGUUAUUAUUGUUGGAACACAUCUGGAUUGUAUAUCACCAGAUAAAUUGAAUAGCGGGUAUGUAACAGAGAUGGAACAAAUGAUUCGGGAGUUGGUAGAUAAACCCCGAUACAGGAAUAAAAUAAUCAUUCACCCGGAUGGUAUUUGUGCCGUUUCAUGCGCUUUUGGAGGUUCGCGUUCAGAAAUCAACAAAUUACGGCUGAUUAUUUACAAUACUGCAGGCAACUUGAAGAAAGGCCGUACACGUGUGAUGGGUGAACUCAUUCCCAGUAGUUUCAUUUCACUUAUUGACCGUAUUGAGAAACGUAAAACUGAGAUACAGCAACAGCAUGAAUUACCAAUAAUAAGAAAAGAAGAGUUUGAUGCAAUGGUUAAAGAGAACUCGUUGCAUAGCCGAAGAGACAUACAAGAACCGAUGGAUGUCAUGGAUGCUACCAUAUUCCUGCGAGAAAGAGGUGUCGUGAUGCACUUCGACGAUCCAAAUGAAGGACUUAGCGACCUCUACUUUAUUGAACCCCGCUGGCUAUGUGCACUAAUGGCUCGUGUCAUUACGAUAAAAGGUCACGCAGAUUUAGUUAAAGACGGAGUUCUGGAAGUGCAAGAAACGAAAUAUCUUUUCAGAAAUGAUCUACCGUUCGACUUCUACGAACAAUACUUACGAUUGUUGGUUAGAUUUCAAAUCGCGUACCUUCUUGAUGCGUCCAGAGUUCUCGUGCCGUCAAAACUUCCCGAAGAGGAGCCCGAAGUUGUCACGAAGCUGAAACUGCCGUAUGCCCCCGUGAGACGGAUCUACAAAAUCAAUUUCCAGUGGAUUCACGGAUUCUGGCCGCGUUUCAUGUCUCGGUUCUUUUUCUACGUAAAAGAAAUGAUUGCAGUCGAUGCUACGCGAUAUCAGAAAGCCAAGGACCGGGAACACGGAUAUUUUGGUCAUUUUUGUAGCUCAUGUUUACGUGUUGAUACUGAUAGCACGAAAACAUUUCCAUGUUUCAUGGACAGCACUGAGUGGGAGACUAGAACAAAGUCGGAGAGAUCGGAGAAGAUAUUGAGGGGAUCUUCCCAGAGCUAUGACCCUUCCAUUAAGGAAACUCCUCAGAGAGAUUAUCCGACGACAGAAGAUCCUUCUACAGAGGAAAGUAUAAAAGAUAAUUCUUUGACAAACAAAUCGAACACAGCGAAAAACAAAUCGUCGAGAAAAACUCCUUCGAGAAAACUCCCUUGGAGAAGAGACGCUUCAAAAAGAGAGUCUUCCAAGAAAGAGUCUUCCAAGAAAGAGUCUUCCAAGAAAGAGUCUUCAAAGAAAAAAUCUUUAAAAAAAGACAGCACAAAAAAAGAGCCUAUGAAAAUAGAGUUUUUUAGAGAGGAAGGUGAUUUCUGUGAUAACAGAUCGAUGCCUGAUCAAACAAUGCUUGGUGAUGAUUUACAGUCGUUGUUACUUAAUCCAAGUGUUAAAAUAUUCAGCGAUGAAGAGCUUCGUGAUGAUACAGACGGAGAUCGGAUUGUGAUAAAUCAAGUUGAUACAGCUAUGGAUUAUAGUCGUAGGACGGACUCGUUCCAUGACAAGAAAACAGAAAGCGUCAAGCGUGUAGGCAUGAACUUGCGUAUCGCUUCUUAUGAUGGUUCUCCUCAAAAAUCGCCAGCCGCCAGUGAAGAAAUAACGCAAGGGUCAGAUUCAUCAGAGAAAAGUAACAAAUCCAAGAAUUCGAGGAAGCUGUCUGGAAAAGAAGAAGUGAAUAAACAGAAUUCAAAGAGUGACAGCAGUUUAACAAAAGAGAGUGAGGUUUUCCCGAGAGCAAACCAAGGUGAUUGGAGCUCCAGCGAAGUUUCCAACACAACCGAUGGCUUUCCAAUAACAAAAGAUGAUCAGCCGAAGAGGAGCGAAGAUGCUUCGAAUUCAAUAGAACCUGUUUCGACGAAGGGUGCUCAAAUAAGCGAACAAAAUCUAUCGGGGGACGAAGACCAGCCAAGGUUUGACAAGGAGCAUACAACGUCGGACCAAAUUCUUGAAGACGAGCCAGUGAAAAUUAAUCAAGUAGAUAUAACCGUGGAUGGUGAUUUAAUUGAUAAUAUUGAUCAUAAAUCUGAAACCAUGGAGAUUGAAAAAGUUGGAAUGAAGAUACCAACAGUCAACUCCUUAGAGUCCGAUGAUAAUAAGAGUUUUCUCUCGUGUAGCGAUGUCUGUAGUCUUUCAUCUUGGAUGGAGACUAAAGGUUUACCUUCUUUCAUCACUUCAUCAAAAUCAAACGAAAACGAACCAUUCAUAGAAACAAGGAAUGACGACAACGUGGCGUUAGCAACCGCCUCCUUAUCAAGUAAUAAUAGCCAAGAAUCCUUCAGUGAAAAAGACGUCAUUUCUUCACCUCAAGAUCGUUAUAACUUUCCACAGAAUCAAGCAAUUUCCCAUGUUUCGGAAACUUCUUGUAAAAUGGAAACCCAACAUGAACGUUCAAGAAACUCAGUUUCUCAAAGUAUAAGCACAUCAUCUUCGGUUAGAAGUGACGAGCCCACAGAUACUGACUGUGAAGUCUACUCUGAAUCUAUAUCCAGUACAUCGAAUACAAACAUUAGCAAUCCACUUGCAGUGACCAAUCACCCUGAAAAGAUUGCACAAAAUUUGAAAGGAACUAUAAUGAACCUAAAUCACAAUGGCGACCAAAGCCCAGACGAUGUAUUUGCAAAUCUAUGUGACGUGACUGAUUCAGGCGUUAAGGUACAGUCCACUGAUCAUGUCAGUGAAAAAUUUGAAAGUUUUAGUCUGCAAUCGGAAGCUGUCGGUGUACAAUCAGAUGGCGGUAUACAUUCAUCGGAAAAUGGCGGAAAGGAAUGGGAGGUUAGUCGUGCACAGUCGGUGAAUGUCGUUCACUUACCGAAAAGUGAAAAUAAACAACCGGGAGAUGAUUCUCAACAAUCAGGAGAUGUUGGUGAACAGUCAAGAGAUGUUGGUGAACAAUCAGGAGAUGUUGGUGGACAAUCAGGAGAUGUUGGUGAACAAUCAGGAGAUGUUGGUGAACAAUCAGGAGAUGUUGGCGAACAAUCAGGAGAUGUUGGCGAACAAUCAGGAGAUGUUGGUGGACAAUCAGGAGAUGUUGGUGAACAAUCAGGAGAUGUUGGCGAACAAUCAGGAGAUGUUGGUGGACAAUCAGGAGAUGUUGGUGAACAAUCAGGAGAUGUUGGUGAACAAUCAGGAGAUGUUGGUGAACAAUCAGGUGAUGUUGGUGAACAAUCAGGAGAUGUUGGUGAACAAUCAGGAGAUGUUGGUGAACAUGAUUUUGUAGCAGUAAACGGAGACGUGUGUACAGAGACUGUUGUUGAAACACAAAAAUGUACAUUAUGUAAGGAAAAUGUCGCGAUAAACGAACUAGUUGCCAUUCCCCUAGACGUGGCAGGGCUAAUAGAACAAAAGUUAAUACAUUGUUGGCGGUCUGGCGUAUGUCUCUCUUAUCUCGGAGUAUUUCUUGCUGUAGCGUAUCGACCUCUGUCGGAUUCAAUCGUAGUGGAAAUUGCAGCCUCUCCCAAUCCUCUCGGCCGACGUCUUUUAACUUUCGUUGUUGACCAUCUCGAUACCUUAAUUAAGGAAUGGUACCCAGGACUUGAGAUACCAUAUGGCGCAGAGCCGACAGUCCAAAAGCUUAUUCCAUGUCGCACGUGUGAGAAAAAUGGUAACCAAAGACCUCACAUGUUGACGUUUGACUCGUGCGUGACGCAAUACAGCAUGGGAAAUUUUGUCAAGUGCCCUGAACAUGAAGUAAAUAUCCAAGAUGUAGCUCCUGAUGUUGUUCUACAAGAUAUCGAUGCGGACUUGUUGCUAGAGGAGGAUGAGAUAGAGUAUGAAAGAUCAGAAGCAAAUGUCGUUGGCACAGGUGUUUCUGGAAAAGUUUACAGUGGACGUUGUCGACAAAAAGACGCAGCAAUUAAAGAAUACUCUUCAGUAUCGUCCGAAGAAGAUGCUAUGGCAAGAUACUGUGAGGUUCGCAAGGAAGUAAAUAUACUCCGCCGUUUAGGACAGCAUCCAUUUCUUGUCAAUCUCAUCGGAGUUUGUUUGCGUCCUUUCCGACUGGUGCUUGAGCUUGCUUUGGAAGGCAGCCUUGCGGACACAUUGUUUAAUUCAGAGUUUCAAAUUGAACGUAUCGUUAUAUUCCGUAUGCUUUAUCAAAUAGCAGAUGCAAUGAGUUACCUUCAUUCACUCUCCAUCAUCUACCGCGAUUUAAAACCUCAGAAUGUUUUGGUAAUGUCGUACAAAGAGGAGGCUGACGUCAAUAUUAAGUUGACUGAUUUUGGCACCGCAGCAUUUCAAUUUAACGAAGGUUUGCACGACCUUGUGGGGACUCCCGGGUAUCACGCUCCAGAGAUGCUGAAGGAAUUCCGUGAAAGAGCUGGCUACAAUGAUAAAGUAGACGUCUUUGCCCUGGGAAUAUUGAUGUCCGGUUUUAUUACUCGCAGACAACCAUUUUUUAGUUGCUCAUCAACAGCCCAGAUCAAUGAUAUGACCAUUAAUGGCAGAUGGCCUGAAUAUAAGGAUAUAACCCGAUCUCGUAUCGGAUUUGCGGGCUUAACGUGGCUGAUGGAAAGUUGCCUUGCUUAUGAGCCGAGUAUGCGACAUCCCUGCAGUAACAUUGCAGAGCAACUCCGUUCAACAUCGUUCCAGCUAUUUCUUGGCAUCAUAGCCUUGCCUUGUCCGCAGUCUGUUCGUCAUGUGUGCUUCGUUCAUUCUACUGUGGAGUUAUGGGUUGCUGUGGAUGACAAAGUCGAAACUCAUAUAUUUGUUUAUGAACUGCGGAAUUGGUGCCUAAAAAAGUCAUUUUCCAUUGUCUGUAAAGAUGGUCGAUCCUUGUGUCUUCAAGCUAACUGUAUGCACGUGAAUGCUACGGAUGUUUUGAUUGGCUUACGAGGAGACCAGGACAUUGUCGCUAUAUAUGAUGCAGAGUCGUAUAAACUUAAAACAAGAAUUACAUUAGAGGAACCAGUUUUCUCCCUAAGUUCAAACGACUUUUACAUCUACUUAGGGAUGUCUAGCGGGAUUUGUCUUGUCGCAAACCGAACUAAACCCAUCUUAUCUAUUGAGCUCAGUCACUCGGAACCAGUGACAUGUGUCACAACUGUUGGUGACGAAUACCUUUGGUUUGCAGCAGGAAAAUGUCUACAAAUCUUUCACGCAGAAGGCAACGAGAAAACACCAGUGUACGAGUUGAACGCUGUCAGAUUUAAUGCUUCAUCUGCUCCUUUCUCUCAAACUGUUUUAAGCGAAUCAAAUAUUUGGUGCAUAUCAAAAGGUGAUUCUAUCGUUACCGCUUGGAAUGUCAACACAAGGCAAAAGUCACUUGAAAUUGAUUGUAAAUCAUUCUUGGGCCCUGAAUAUGAUUUGCUCGAGUCUGCAGUCAUAUGUGUGUUACCUGUUCUCGAUACGGUCUGGAUUGGAAUGGGUGGUGGAAAAUUAUUGAUCGUUGACGCUGAUUCCGGGGAAUUGAUUACAUCAUUCAAGCUUUUCGAUGAUCACGUACGCACUUUGACGCUAGUUCCAGGGCCUGGUCCGUGUGGCACUGAGAAAUAUUAUGUGGUCGUUUCAGGGCGAAACGUGUUGGAGACUGCUUUGUCUCGCGAGUCUCGUGGGAAGCAUGUAUGUCGCCUUACUAGUGACGUCAUCAAAACCGCGCCAAACGUACAAAUUACACCUGUGAAAUCAUUUGACAAGGGAGGUCGCAGUCUGAGAGGACCUUUUGGAAGAGCUAAGAGUCCGCUUUCCGACACAACAAAAAGCAGUGAUGUGCCGGAUGCAGAGAUAAAUAACCCCCAGGGAGGGGUCCUCGUGUUUUUCGAAGCCUUAUCGGCCGAGGCUCUGCGGAGAACUGAGUCAAAGUAAGGAUUUUUUAACCAAAUUUGUGCGGUUACUUGGUGUUUUUAGCAAAGGAAUAUUAUCUGAGAAAUCGUAAGUAAAGUCUGUAAAGAAUUAGCAGGAAUCGAAUUUUAAACCAACAUAUUCUAUCAUCAAAAAUUGCUAUUUUUCAUUUUUAUUAUU